AUGAUAAGCGUUUUUAGACCCUUUAGCCUGAGUAAUGGAAUUGGCGAUCAACCAGGCCACGGACUUUCAUCGUUUUCACAUACAAUCGAAAAUUUAACCAGAGAUACCGAGAUAAAACCGCUACAUUCACACAAUGACUACUGGAGGAAACAACCCUUAUUUGAUGCAUUAAGUUAUGGGUGCCAGAGCAUAGAAGGUGAUAUCUGGUACUUUCCAGAGACAUAUGAGGUCGAGAGAACAGUUACUGAAACUACGAGGAGUGGCAGAGAGAAUACUAGACUAACCACAAGUACGUUUGAAAAUAAUGAAAUAUAUGUAGGGCAUAAUCAGGUAUACUUAGAUCCAAGUUUAACAUUAUCCAAAUUAUACCUUGAUCCAUUAUAUCGCUUCCUUCAAUAUUCCAACCCACAAUUCAUCUAUGAAAAUAAAAAUCCAGUGACUGAAGACUUUGAUUCAAAGCAUGGAGUGUUUUACAAUUCUCCAGAAACACCCUUAUACUUCUGGUUAGACUUCAAAACUGAUCCCCUGAAAACCUAUCAGGCACUAAAACCAUUAUUACAGCCAUUCAUAGAUCAGGGUUUUCUUGCACACUUUGAUUCUGUGAAGAAUAAAUUCAUUCCCGGUCCUUUAAUAAUAACAAUAACAGGAAAUUCACCAGUAGAAGAGAUAGAAAAGGAAAGCAUACGCUAUGUAUUUAUUGAUGCACCAUUAAAGUUGUUUACAAGUGAAACACCAAGUGAAGAUCUUGAAAGAUACUCAAAAUUAUCCAUUAUAGCAAGUGGAUCUAUGCAAGAAUUGCUAGGAGAAGAGAGCUAUGCAAGUGCAAAGACUAGAGAUUUGAAUGUUAAUGACGAAAAGGAUUUAGAAAAAUACUUUCAAACAGCUCAUAAAUAUAACUUAAAGACGAGAAUAUGGGGUGGAGUAACAUGGCCAAAUUAUCUUCGGAACUCUCAUUUGAAAACUUUAUGGAAAUUAGGUUGUGAUCUAUUAAAUGUUGAUAAUCUUAAAGAUGCGAGUGAAGUGUUCUAA